UCCGGCAGCCCGGGUUCGGGUGAGGGUCCGGCGGGCAGCGAGAAGCGCCCGGCUGCGUCUUCCGCUGCAGGGUCGGCGGCGGCCUCGGCUUCGGCGUCGUCGCCCGCGGGGGGCGGUGGCGAGGCGCAGGAGCUGCUGGAACACUGCGGCGUGUGUCGCGAGCGCUUGCGCCCCGAGAGAGAGCCGCGGCUGCUCCCCUGCUUGCAUUCGGCCUGUAGUGCCUGCCUGGGGCCCGCUGCACCGGCCGCGGCCAACAGUUCGGGGGAUGGCGGCGCUGCAGGCGACGGCUCGGUGGUGGACUGCCCAGUGUGCAAGCAACAGUGCUUCUCCAAAGACAUCGUGGAGAAUUACUUCAUGCGUGAUAGUGGCAGCAAGGCUUCCUCUGACUCUCAGGAUGCCAACCAGUGCUGCACUAGCUGUGAGGAUAACGCCCCAGCCACCAGCUAUUGUGUGGAGUGCUCUGAGCCACUGUGUGAGACCUGCGUGGAGGCCCACCAGCGGGUGAAGUACACCAAGGACCACACUGUGCGCUCCACUGGUCCUGCCAAGACUCGAGAUGGUGAGCGCACUGUCUAUUGUAAUGUGCACAAGCAUGAACCCCUUGUGCUGUUUUGUGAGAGCUGUGACACUCUGACCUGCCGCGACUGCCAGCUUAACGCCCACAAGGACCACCAGUACCAGUUCCUAGAGGAUGCAGUGAGGAACCAACGUAAGCUGCUGGCUUCACUGGUGAAACGCCUUGGGGAUAAGCAUGCCACACUGCAGAAGAACACCAAGGAGGUUCGCAGCUCGAUCCGCCAGGUGUCUGAUGUACAGAAGCGUGUGCAGGUAGAUGUCAAGAUGGCCAUUCUGCAGAUCAUGAAGGAGCUGAAUAAGCGGGGCCGAGUUCUGGUCAAUGAUGCCCAGAAGGUGACUGAGGGGCAGCAGGAGCGUCUGGAACGCCAGCACUGGACAAUGACCAAGAUCCAGAAGCAUCAGGAGCACAUCUUGCGCUUUGCCUCUUGGGCUCUAGAGAGUGAUAACAACACGGCCCUCCUGCUUUCCAAGAAGCUGAUCUAUUUCCAGCUGCAUCGUGCCCUCAAAAUGAUUGUGGAUCCUGUGGAACCACAUGGUGAGAUGAAGUUUCAGUGGGACCUCAAUGCCUGGACCAAGAGUGCCGAGGCCUUCGGCAAGAUUGUGGCCGAGCGUCCUGGUAGUAACUCCACAGGUCCUGGGCCCAUGGCUCCUCCAAGAGCCCCAGGACCUUUGAGCAAGCAAGGCUCUGGCAGUAGCCAGCCCAUGGAGGUACAGGAGGGGUAUGGCUUUGGGUCAGAUGAUCCCUACUCAAGUGCAGAGCCCCAUGUGUCAGGCAUGAAGAGGGCCCGCUCAGGUGAGGGAGAGGUGAGUGGUCUCAUGCGAAAGGUGCCACGUGUGAGUCUUGAACGCCUGGAUCUGGAUCUGACUGCUGAUAGCCAGCCACCAGUUUUCAAGGUCUUCCCAGGCAGCACCACUGAGGACUACAACCUCAUUGUUAUUGAGCGUGGGGCUGCUGCUGCAGCUGCUGGUCAGGCUGGGACUGUUCCCCCAGGAGCCCCCGGUGCCCCACCCCUUCCUGGCAUGGCUAUUGUCAAGGAAGAAGAGACGGAGGCUGCCAUUGGGGCCCCUACUGCUACUGAGGGCCCUGAGACCAAACCUGUGUUGAUGGCUCUGGGUGAAGGUCCUGGUGCUGAGGGCCCCCGCCUGGCUUCACCUAGUGGCAGCACCAGCUCAGGCCUGGAAGUGGUGGCUCCUGAGGGUACCUCAGCCCCAGUGGGUGGCCCAGGUACCCUGGAUGAUAGUGCCACUAUCUGCCGUGUCUGCCAGAAGCCAGGUGACCUGGUCAUGUGUAACCAGUGCGAGUUUUGUUUCCACCUGGAUUGCCACCUGCCUGCCCUGCAGGAUGUGCCAGGGGAAGAGUGGAGCUGCUCACUUUGCCACGUGCUCCCUGACCUAAAGGAGGAAGAUGGAAGCCUUAGCCUGGAUGGGGCGGACAGUACUGGCGUGGUGGCUAAGCUCUCUCCAGCCAACCAGCGGAAAUGUGAGCGCGUCCUGCUGGCCCUGUUCUGCCAUGAACCCUGCCGCCCCCUGCACCAGUUGGCGACUGACUCUACCUUCUCCCUGGAUCAGCCCGGUGGCACCCUGGACCUGACCCUGAUACGUGCCCGCCUCCAAGAGAAGCUGUCACCCCCAUACAGCUCCCCUCAGGAGUUUGCCCAAGACGUGGGCCGCAUGUUCAAACAGUUCAACAAGCUGACUGAGGACAAGGCAGAUGUGCAGUCCAUCAUCGGCCUGCAGCGCUUCUUUGAGACGCGCAUGAAUGAUGCCUUUGGUGAUACCAAGUUCUCUGCUGUGCUGGUGGAGCCCCCACCACUGAACCUGCCCAGUGCUGGCCUAAGUUCUCAGGAGCUGUCGGGUGGCCCUGGUGAUGGUCCCUGAAGCUUGGGCUCCUGUGUCCUGGCCGGCCCAGCUCUGGUCUAUCUUUCAACCCCAUGUGCCCUCUUCUUUCCCCUGGUGGCCUGACUCCUCCCUGGUGGCCCCAUCCCUCAGUCCCUUCUCACAAAAUGGUUUUUACUUCUGUGGAUUUAAUAAAAACUUCACCAGUGGCUCAGGCCUCUGUUGGGGUACUGUGAUCCUGGGGAUUUA